UAAAAAUUAAAGAUGUUUGUUUGUUUAUUUUUUUGAAGAAUUAUUUGUUGUGCAUUCUCUUUAUCGAAACUGUAUUUUUACGCAGUCAUACUUAUCGUCAUUGAUUAUUUCGUAUCGAAAACUCGGUGUAAACAUUCGAAUGAACUUGAACUCCAUUGAUUACUAUAAACCAAAUUUCGGAGCAAAAACGCUACUCCAAAAAAUUCAAAUGUACGCGCGUUUAACACUAGUCCGUCUACGAUUGGUCGAUUCCCUUUAAAGUCGAGAUGGUGGGGAUGAUAUCGCCAGAUUGGUCCAGCUGCUUGGAUCGAAAACUGAAAACAUAACCUAUAUUCAAAUUCUUAGUUAUUUUAUUAUCCGACUAGUCAAAUGUUAAUUAGUAUUUCUGUGAGUUUCUAGCGAUCUGUAAUACACGGAUCGUCGAUUUUUAAAUAACGUCGAUCGCAAGAUUUUUUUUACAAGAUGUUCAAAAAGUUCGACGAGAAGGACAGCGUGUCCAGCGUACAGCAGUUGAAAUCUUCUGUGCAGAAGGGGAUUCGAUCCAAGCUUUUGGAAUCAUACCCAUUUUUAGAAAAGUACAUCGAUCAGAUCAUUCCUAAGAAGGAUUCUUUUAGACUGGUCAAAUGCCACGAUCACAUAGAGAUCAUGGUGAACAGUGCAGGAGAGUUGCUGUUCUUCCGACAACGAGAAAGUCCCUGGAUGCCAACACUGAAGCUUUUGCACAAAUAUCCAUUUUUCUUACCACUGCAGCAAGUUGAUAAAGGGGCGAUCAAGUUUGUGCUCAGUGGUGCAAACAUUAUGUGUCCUGGAUUGACAUCCAAAGGAGCUAGAAUGACUGAUGUUCCAAAGGGAACUGUUGUUGCUGUGAUGGCUGAAGGAAAGCAGCACGCUUUGGCAGUUGGAACAACAACUUUAUCAACAGAAGAUAUCGCCAAAGUCAAUAAAGGUGUAGGUAUAGAAAACUGUCACUACCUCAAUGACGGUCUGUGGCAGAUGAAAGCGGUUAAAUAAUAAAAUUAAUCUUCGAUAUCCUCGUCUAUUAAGUUAAGAAUAAAGAAAAUUUGCACUUUUAAAA